AAUCCAAAUUACCGGUUCGAGAUUUAUCUAAAAUUAAUUGUGAUCUUCCUCAGUAUUUGUCUUCCUUUCUUCUCCGAUCAGAAAAUUAUCGUCCUCCGUUGAAACUUCUCAGAUUGAUUCGUUUAUACUGCGUGAAGAUCUCGUCACCAAUUUGGAGCGAGCUCUGUGCACAGUCCUUCGUUGAUACAGAAAGGAACCUCCUUGUGCGUGUCCCAUUCUAUUCUCCAUAGACUGACUUGCUUUGGGGAUAAAAAAGAUGGCAGAGGUAAAGUUAUGGAAUGACAAGCGGGAAAGAGAGAUGUACGAGAAUUUUGCAGAGCUUUUUGCAAUCAUCAAAGCCACAGAGAAGCUCGAGAAAGCUUAUAUCAGAGACCUAAUCAAUCCUUCAGAGUACGAAUCUGAAUGCCAGAAACUCAUUGUCCACUUCAAAACACUAUCAGCUACACUCAAAGACACGGUGCCGAACAUUGAAAGAUUUGCAGACACAUACAAAAUGGACUGUCCAGCCGCUCUAUACCGCCUGGUGACAUCAGGUGUUCCCGCCACAGUGGAACACCGAGCUACCGCAGCAGCAUCUACGUCGAACUCUGCAUCCAUAGUAGCUGAAUGUGUACAGAAUUUCAUCACAUCAAUGGAUUCGUUGAAACUGAACAUGGUGGCUGUCGACCAGGUUUAUCCUCUCUUGUCUGAUCUAUCGGCUUCUCUCAACAAACUGAGUAUUCUACCGCCAGAUUUCGAAGGGAAGACGAAGAUGAAAGAAUGGCUCUCGAGGUUGUCUAAGAUGGGAGCAGCAGAUGAGCUUACGGAACAGCAGUCAAGGCAACUUCACUUUGAUUUGGAGUCAUCAUACAACUCUUUCAUGGCAGCUUUGCCUAAAGCUGGUAACUGAAACCGAUGUAGAUUUGCUUUCUUGUGCUUUAGUGUGCAUGUCUUUGUUUUAUACUACUAGUUUAGUGGUAACUCGAAGACAAUUUUACACGUUUGAGGAGUCGAAUGUGCUUGUGUGUACCAUAUUCUGGUUAAACGAAAAUACAAUUACAAGUACUCUGUGGGGGCUAACAUGAUUACAGUUUUGUUCCAA